AAAUUGUCAUUUUUCUGGUAAGAAGAGACCUACCUACUUCGCAAAUUAGAUUUUCCGGAAAAUCAAAGAACCAUCAUGGCCAAAAGGAUUUCCCAGAGCUCUGUCAACUGGGCUGCUCUAGCUGAGCGUGUCCCAGCCGAACAAAAACCCAACUUGGCUGUAUUCAAAGCUAAAUCUGAUGGAUAUCUACGAAGGGUGUUGGCAAACCCAGCGGAGGCACCAAAAAUCAAUUGGGCGCACUACAAACAGAUCGUGGCUGUUCCCGGAAUGGUAGACAACUUCCAGAAGCAGUAUGAAGCUCUUAAAAUUCCAUACCCAGCGGACACUCUGACCCCUAAAAUUGAGGCACAGUGGGCCGAUGUUAAGAAAUCCAUUGAAGCCUUUGUUGCCGAAUCCAAUGCAAGUAUUGCAAAAUAUCAAAAGGAAAUUGCUGCUACGAAUGCUAUGCUGCCUUACGACCAGAUGACCAUGGAAGACUUCAGAGAUGCCCAUCCCGAGCUUGCUCUUGAUCCCAUCAACAAACCUACCUUCUGGCCCCAUGAUGAGGAAGAGCAACUUGGCUACACAAACCCUGAAAUUGAGGCUGCGAAGGCUGCUGCUGCACAUUAAGACAGUGUACUGUUAUGAUCUACUGAAAGGGAACUGUGUUUACAUCAUAGAAAAUGAAAACAGCAUGUUCUAAGUAAUUUAUCAUGUAGGAAAUCAAUAAAUUAAUUAAAAAUC